GAGAGCGAGCGGUAUUUGCUGCGGACGCUGUGCUGGGGGGACAGCCCAUAUAUUUGUAAUUACUCACUGGAAACAAAAAAUAACAAGAAAGGAACUAUCCCCAGAAGACAACACCUCCACAGAAUGUCAGAUUUCGACAGCAACCCGUUUGCAGACCCGGACUUUAGCAACCCCUUUCAGGACCCUUCUGUGACACAGGUAACACAAAAUGUCCCUCCAGGUUUGGAAGAGUACAACCCUUUCACAGACGCUAAAUCAGUGCCGCCUGGCAAUGCCCCCAAAGCGCCGCCCACCACCAACACACAGCCCGCCAUCAUGAAGCCCACAGAAGAGCCCCCGGCCUACUCGCAGCAGCAGACGCAGGACCAGGCCCGAGCCCAGGCAGAGCUGAUGAGGCGCCAGGAGGAGCUGGAGAAGAAGGCCGCGGAGCUGGACCGGCGGGAGAGGGAGAUGCAGUCCCUCAGCGCAUCGGGAGGAAGAAAAAACAACUGGCCACCUCUCCCUGAGAAGUUCCCAGUCGGCCCCUGCUUUUACCACGAUAUUGCUGUAGACAUACCUGUGGAGUUUCAGAAGACAGUCAAGAUCAUGUAUUAUCUAUGGAUGUUCCACACGGGGACGCUGUUUGUGAACAUUUUCGGCUGCCUGGCGUGGUUCUGCGUGGACGCUUCAAGAGGAGUGGACUUUGGCCUGGCCAUGCUGUGGUUCAUGCUCUUCACCCCUUGCUCCUUCGUCUGCUGGUACAGACCCCUGUACGGAGCCUUCAGGAGUGACAGCUCCUUCAGAUUCUUCGUCUUCUUCUUUGUGUACAUCUGUCAGUUCGGCGUGCACGUGCUGCAGGCCAUCGGCAUCGCGGGCUGGGGGGCGUGCGGCUGGAUCUCGGCCCUCACAGGCCUGAACACCAGCAUCCCUGUGGGCAUCAUGAUGAUCCUCAUCGCGGCCCUCUUCACCGCCUCGGCCGUCAUCUCGCUCAUCAUGUUCAAGAAGGUCCACGGGCUGUACCGCACCACGGGCGCCAGCUUCGAGAAGGCCCAGCAGGAGUUCGCCACCGGCGUCAUGGCCAACAAGACCGUCCAGACAGCGGCGGCCAACGCAGCCUCCACCGCCGCCCGGGGGGCCUUCAAGGGAGAGCAGAUCUGAGCCUCCCGAGGCGCGUCAUCCUCCACUCCC